UUUUCUUUAGUCACUACAUAUAAAAAAAAAAGGUUUCAAAAAAAAUGUAUUUGAUGUAUUAUUUAAACGAGAAGGGAGAUCGUGUCUACACUCUUAAGAAAACUGAUCCUAAUGGCUUCCCCACCAAGUCAGCUCAUCCUGCUAGAUUCUCCCCUGACGAUAAAUUCUCUCGUCAUCGUGUAACUAUUAAGAAGAGAUUCAACAUUUUACCUACUCAACUUCCUUCUCGCCCCUAUUAAAUGCAAUUCUUUCAUCUAUCAACUCUAUUUCAAUGUCAAUUUGUACGUUUUAUAUUUUUUUUUGUAAAUUUCAAUGUCUCGAAUAAAAAAGAAGAGCCUUUUUAAACUGAAGUUCGAUAAAAUAAAUAAUAGCUGAACAUGUCAUUAUAUAUGUGUAUGUGUAUGUCUUGAAAUGUUCAAAAAGACAUCUUACAAUUAUUUCGUGACUUUUAUCAUUUAUGAAAAUAUGUC